CGUAUAAUAUUUAAGGGUUAUUCGGUUGAAAUAUGUGUACAGUUUCCUCGGAAAAACGCCGGUGCGUGGAAUGCGAACGUGCACCGGCAGCAUUAAAUUUGUAAAACAUAUUUUCUAAUAUACAUUCCGUGGCGCACGGUUUAGUGAUUUAAAUCGACUCAUUUUGGCGCAUGCGCGAAACUGCAGCGACCCAGGUGCGUGCGAGUCAGAUACGAGAAGGCCACACAUAGCGGCAGCAACGACCGGUGGUAGUGGUAGUCAAACAAUGCUGUUCCGAUUCGUCGGUUGCACGAACUCGUUUUGAGUUUACCAAGCUGUUCGACCAAUCGGCAACGAUGUUCGUGUACGGUACGUCGAGCGAGAUCUCGCUGACGUUUUAAUGAUCGAAACUGCGAGUCGUUGUAUCACGUUGAUAUAAAAUUUGAAUAUACGUGUAGUUCGAGCCAAGACGAGUUUGUAAACAAAGAAUGGCCGUGGAGCCUCGUGAGACUGAGCACACGAAGCCGCUGGUGCAGCUUUUUCCGAAAGCAUCAGAGUGCGUGUACACGAGUUGUUACUGGUAGAAGUCGAAAUGUUGUGAUGGCUGGAACGUCUCGCCGUCCGAGCUCAGAGCUCGGACACGAUCUCUCGUCCCCGACGCCGUCGAAGAAGUCAAAGUUCGCCGAGGCGUUGAGCGAAGGAGCACCGGAAUCGGAACAUGAACUGAGCACCGAGGAAUUGAAGAGCGUGGAGAAAUUGGCGUGCUCGGUGGCAGCGACGUUGUCCGGUAAAACGAAAGAUUUGAUCUCGGGAGCGGUUACACCGGGAACCAGUCCGUUCGAGAUCAGCGAGGAGUCGUUGGACAGCACCAAGCAACUCAUUCAAACUAGUUUAGAAGGGCCGGCGAAGGUAACGGCCGGCACUUCGAAGGAAGGACAGUUCGGCAGCUUCGAAACGAUCGCUCAGAUGAAGUUCGGCCAGCAGGAGCUAUCCGGCGGCCCGAGCAAAAGUCCAGAGACGGACAGCGAAGUGCAGAUUCAAACUUCGCUGCUGGGCGAGGACGCGCUGUACCAGGAACUGUCGCUGAUCGGCAACGGUGCCUACGGUACCGUUUACAAGGCCAAGGACUUGAACACGGGACAGGUUGUCGCCCUCAAGAAAGUCCGUGUACCGCUGACCGAGGACGGGCUACCUACGUCCACCUUAAGGGAAAUCGCUACCUUGAAACAGCUCGAAAGGUUCGAGCAUCCGCACAUUGUAAGAUUGCUGGACGUUUGCCAAGGAAAUUACCUGCAUUUGCCAUCCGCCGAUGGUAGAUCGGAGAGGCCAGAUCGAGGACUCACCUUGUGGCUGGUGUUUGAGCAUGUGGAAAGAGAUCUCGCGUCCUACAUGUCCUCGUGUCCACGACCUGGUAUUCCGUCGCAGCUGGUGAAGCGGAUGUCGAAGGAGAUACUGAAGGGUGUCGAAUUUUUACACAGUCACAGAAUCAUACACAGAGACUUGAAGCCUCAGAAUCUCCUCGUGUCGAAAGAAGGGAGAAUAAAGAUCGCUGAUUUCGGACUGGCGAAGACGUACGAUUUCGAAAUGCGAUUGACUUCCGUGGUCGUGACACAGUGGUAUCGAGCCCCUGAGGUACUUCUGGGAUGUUCUUAUGCGACUCCUGUUGACAUCUGGUCUGUGGGGUGCAUACUAGCAGAAUUGAGUCGACUCGAACCCCUAUUUCCUGGGACGAGCGAAGGUGAUCAACUCGAUAGGAUUUUUCAAGUAAUAGGAACCCCAUCGCAAGAAGAAUGGCCCGAGAACGUGUCCUUAAGUUGGACAGCUUUCGCCUGCAGGCCACCAAAACCAUUAGCGGCAAUAAUACCUGAUCUCAACGAAGAUGGACUAGAUUUAAUUAAGAAUUUGCUUAUGUUCGACCCUCAUAGUCGAUUGACUGCGGCUCAAGCUCUAAGACACCGGUACUUUACCGAAGACGACUCGUGAUGACUAUUUUUUCAUUGCGAUAAAUAUUUUGUAGCUGUUUAUUCGUUUCUUAAACGCAGACUGACGUUACUGUAUCAAAUGAUAGUAAUCUUAUUUACGUGUAAGAACGUUGCAGUACUUUUUUUUUUUUAGUUUUUAUUAUACAUAUAUUUUUUUUUAACAGUAUAGUCUACCGCGAUUAUAAUACGAUACGGAUCUUUGUAAGUAGGUAGAGCUUAUGAAUAUUCUCAUUUAGAAAUUAUAAUUGCAAAGCACGUUUAUCACAUCGUAUGAAACUAUCAUCAUAUUUAAUUCACAUUGCCAUCACGUAACUCUGAGCAUCGUCGUAAUUUAAUCAUAUGUAGAUGUUAUAUCAGAGCAAACAAUAAUCUUUUCGUUCUAUUCCGACCAUCGUAUCAUUUCCAUCGUUAGUGUAUUUAAUGGUAACGUUAUUUAUUUAGUUAACAACUAGUAUUUCGAUUCUCUUUUGUCUCUACAGUACCGAUAAUCGUAUUAAGUCGACUUUUCUUCAUUUUCAUUAUCGUUUACGUUGUGGUAUUUUCCCAACCGUACAAGAUACAACAUUCAUCGACGCACACCAAAAAUUAUGUUAUUCAACAAUCAAAUAGGUGUGCUUUCAUAAAGCGCAACGAUGUUCAUAUCACAUGCCUUAAUUUUCAGUAUAGUUAAA